AUGAAUAUUCAGUUGCUACUUUUCGAGCACAUUGGCGCAAAUGGGCACAGCAGUAACGGAUUGGCGAUCGGUGGAGCCUCGCCGAGCGGUGGAGCCUCGCCGAGCGGUGGAGCCUCGCCGAGCGGUGGAGCCUCGCCGAGCGGUGGAGCCUCGCCGAGCGGUGGAGCCUCGGACGGCCUCGGAGUGCAGACGGCUUUUCAAGGAAAGAUCGGACGACGA